AUGGGCUAUAAAGUAACAAGUUUGCCUUUUUCACAACACAUAAGUCAUUUAAAUGCAUAUCUACGACAAGAAAAACGUCGGUUUCAUCAAAUAACUAAUACAGAAUUAAAACUAUUAAUACGAGUUGACAUAACAUCUCCUAGAAAAAUCAAAUUUGAGGAAGUAGAUUAUCCAGCUAUUUCAAAUAGGAAAAUUCCCAUUAAAACCAAAGUAAGAAGAACAAAUACUCCUACUAAAAGUCCUGGACCUAAAGCUACUGAAGUUGGGUUGUCUGAGAAUGUGUCUUCCUCAUUAGGUAUAUAA